UCAUCACCAAGUCGCGCAGUGCAUUCUGGAGAACCGAGUUCUACGUCUUAAAUAAUUAAAGCACCAUCCGUCGUCAGCAAGAUGCCGGCCGUACACAAAUUACUGCUAGAGGAAGCUCUGCAGGACAGUCCGCAGACACGCACAUUGUUGAGUGUGUUUGAAGAAGAUGCGAACACUCUGACCGAUUACAGCAACCAGCUUCUGCAGUCUAUGCAGAGAGUGUUUGGGGCGCAGAAUGAGAUGGCCCUGGCCACUGAACAGCUCUCCAAACAGUUGCUUCAGUAUGAGAAGCAGAACUUUGCUCUGGGGAAAGAAGAUGAAGAGGUAAUCAGCACGCUUCACCAUUUCGCCAAAACCAUGGAAGAGCUGAACGCUCUGCAUGUUGAUUUGGCCACUCAGAUGGCUAAUAAGAUGGUCUUUCCCAUGGUGCAGUUCAGAGAGAAGGACCUGACUGAAAUAAGCACUUUGAAAGAGAUAUUUGGGAUCGCCACUGACGAGCACGAGGCCGCCAUGAUCAAAUACAGCCGACUGCCCAAGAGGAGAGAGAACGAGAAGCUGAAAGCAGAGCUGGUUGGUGAGGUGGCAUUCUGUCGGAGGAAACAGCACCAGGCCUCCAUGCAGUAUUACUGCGCUCUUAAUGCCUUACAGUACAGGAAGAGAGUAGCCAUGCUGGAGCCCAUGCUGGGAUACACACAAGCCCAGAUCAACUACUUCAAGAAAGGGAUAGAAUUGGUCUCUAAGAAAAUGGACAGUUUCCUGGCAUCUGCGACCAGUAUGUCUGAGAGUGUUCAGGCUCAGCUGGAUGCCGAGGCAGAGAGCAUGCGUAUGACUCAGAAGGACCUGCUGUCGGUGGAUGAUAUAGUCUACAUGCCUGACCAAGAUCGUGCUCCGGUCAACCGCACACUCAUUCAGAAAGCAGGCUACCUCAACAUUAGGAAUAAGACGGGCCUGGUGAGCACAGCCUGGGACCGGCUGUACUUCUUCACCCAGGGGGGGAACCUGAUGUGUCAGCCGCGUGGCGCUGUGGCAGGAGGCAUGGUGCUCGAUCUGGACAACAGCUCCGUCAUGGCCAUCGAGUGCGAGGACAGACGCUACUGCUUUCAGAUCACCUCACCUAAUGGGAAAACGUCCAUAAUUCUUCAAGCGGAGAGCAAAAAGGAGUACGAGGAGUGGAUCUGCACCAUUAACAACAUCUCGAGACAGAUCUACCUGACGGACAACCCUGAGGCUGUAGCUAUCAGGUUAAAUCAGACAGCCAUCCAGGCGGUCACUCCCAUCACCAGCUUUGAGAAAAGAGCAGAGGGCUCCCCGAACCCUGACAGGGCUAAACCAGGUGCAGUGCCCACUGGCAGCAUUAAGAAAGCCCCUGCUGCUCCUGAGCCUGAAGACCUGAUUGCCCCUGGGACACCAAUCCAGUUCGAUAUUGUUCUUCCCGCAUCCGAGUUCCUGGACCAGAACAGAGCCGGAGGGAGACGCACAAACCCUUUUGGCGAGACGGAAGUGGACAGUUCCUCAAGUGCAGACGACUCCUUGCUACAGCAGGUAUUUGCCGUGCGUUUCCUGGGCUCUAUGGCAGUGCGCUCUGGACACACACAGGAAGUUAUCUACGAGGCCAUGAGGCAGGUGCUGGCUGCUCGUGCGAUACACAACAUCUUUAAAACCAGCGAGUCACACCUGAUGGUAACAAGCAGCUGCCUCCUGUUGAUUGACCCUCAGACACAGGUCACUAAAAUAAGUUUCCAGCUCAGGGACGUCACCCAGUUCGCAGCGCAUAAGGAGAACAGCCGGCUCAUGGGCUUUGUGGUGGAGGGGAGAGACUGGAGUGAGGGAGAGGAGGAGGGAAAAUCGUCCUUCAGCGCCUUCGUGUUCGAGAGCAACACUGAGGGAGAGAAGAUUUGCUACACAAUAAACAUUGGAAAGGAGAUUACAGAAGCUAAGAAGGACCCAGAUGCUCUGGCCAAGCUGAUGAAGUCUGUGCCGCUGACCCGAGACGGGAAGUUCCUGCUGCUGGAGAGCGAGACAGGAGAUGCAGCGAACGGAGAAGGAGAUGACGACUUGGAGUCAGAAGCCUGAGUGUCUUGUUCUGAAAGGAUAAGAGCUGAUCCAGUGUUUGUUUUUGUCUCUUCUACCCUAAUUAAAUCUAGGGAUCUGAUCCUAGAUCCACACUUUACACUACAUACAAACAGACUAGACUCUUAUGUUAUGGUACAUUGCAGCUCUUCUCUAAUUCUCCAGAUGUCUCCAUGCUAAAUACUAAGUUUUCUUCUUAUACAAAUCAUCCACAAACAGGGCUAAAGAUGGAGGCUUACACUGAGGAAUCCAGGGUAACUUCACACUCCACUCUGAUCUAGUUUAGGUUUUGGAAAAUCAUGGCUGUUUUUCUUCGCAUUGCUUUCACAUUCACAUCGUCCAGCAGAGUCUGCAACAAUCCAAGGCGCUCGUAGCUGCUCUUCUGCAUUAAAGCUGAUCACUUUAAGAAGCAACGAGUAAAAGACAAGGUUAUUGAAGAGUAUUGGAGUGAGAGCUUUCUCAUUUGAUCAAAAAUCGGACAGGGUCGGACUCCUACAUGCACUUUCCUCUGACUCAUUAGCUCAAUAUAUUUCUCUGUGCAUACGUCAGAAUUGAGGAUUAUAAAGGCAGCCGCCAUUUGAUUCCUUUGUCCUAUGGAAAAAUAGGAGCAGCUCCAACACUAAUACCCGAUUUGGCCGUUUAUUCAGAUUUGUUUAUAUACAUUACUUAAAGAAUAUUUUUUGCUAAGCACGCUGUAGUAAUAGAAAGCCUGUGUUAUGAGUUUAGACAUACUGUUUUAGCUCGACUCCCAACUUUCCCUGCUUUAGGCACAGAAUUGAGCUGCGCUCCCAAGAGCUACGUACGCUGCAUGUCGAGUUUCGGAUUUUUGCACUAAUCAAAAGCAGAUAAUGGUAAUGUAAGAAUAACUAUAGUACUGUAUAAUCCAGUUAAAUUCAGUGUGCUGAUUUACUUCCUGAUGAAGAACGACGCUAGUUUACCAUCUAGCUACACUAAACGCGUUCCUCAGGUGGUCUGACUUACAGAGAAACUUUUUACAUUCCUUCAUUACAUUUAAAAGAAAAACUCACCCAGGGUUUAGGGUCUAGUGCUCUGUUUACAGUAAAUGACAUGCACUUUGAGGUUGAAACUACAGUUUACAAAAAAACAAAACGAAUUAAAGAAGAUUUAAAAAAGAAGUCAGUGCUAACGAUGAAUAAUAGGAUUAGUCUAAUAUACUUAUUUUGUUUUUACGUGAAAGCUGGCUGUGUAAACGCGGGGUACAUUUUAAGCUGAAAAAGAGAUGGAGACAAUUCUUUUUUCCCUUUACAUGUAAAAUAUAAAUGCUGCUGUUUUUAAUCAUACAGUGACAGCAGUUCUAUCAGCUAAAUUCCAAACCACUUUAUUUCAAAUGAAAUGGUUUUAUUUUUCUGGCUUGUCUGUCUCCCUGACUGCAUUUCUAUUUCUUCCGAAAGGGCUUUUUUUCUACAUGUUCCUAAUCUGCUUGCUUAGCUAUUCUGAAAGAGGUGUGUGUGUGUGUGUGUGUGUAGAUAUCAUUUAAAAUGAUCUGCUGCAAUCUGAAUCAUGAAUUUGCUGUACUUCAGUAUUGUAUAUAAAGGCAACAUAUACAUAUGGAAGGUUUUUCUUUUCCCCUUUUCUCCCCCCCACCACACACAUUAACUUGGCUAGUGUAUGAAUGCUGUCACUUCUCAACUUUAACUGAUGAGCGUAGGAUCAGUUGGAGGUCAGGCUUUGGCUUUGGCUGUAUAUCGAUGAGUCUAUAUAAACGUCUCUUAACGACAGCGUCCUCUGGCUAUCUGCUGCAAGAGUUUAAAAAAAGACAAAUACUAGCGUUUGACUGCAGCGUGGGAGCAGAUACUCCUAACUCCCCUUAUCGAUCGAGCCACUGUCUAACGGCUUUGCACAUGGCUUUUCUUAAACAAAAAUAUAACAACUUUAAUAAAGCUCUAUGAGGAUU